UUUGUCAAACAAUACCGCAAAUGGGGUUUGACGAUGUGCUUUUGUAGAAAGAAUUUCGUAUUUCAUAAUUUUAUACAUGAAUUGUUCAUAUAAGUUUGUUAUGUACAGAAAUAUUAACAAGAAAUAUAUGCAUUCAAAUAUAAAUACUACCCGGAACUUUGAUUUCGCCCUCAGCCAAGCUAAGUCUUGCAAUAAUCAUAAAAAAGCCUGUAAGGUCAACCUUUCAAUAUAUUUUUGGUAAUUGUGUUAUUAGUUCCUAACGAUAAAAAUGACAACAUCUUCGGAGGACGUAUUAUUGAGUGUUGGAUACGUGAGAUAUAAGAAGGGAGAUGGGACCCUUUACGUGAUGAAUCAGAGAUUAGCUUGGAUGCUGGAGAACCGAGAUACAGUUGCUGUAUCUCAUAAAUAUGCUGAUAUAAAAACUCAAAAAAUCUCACCUGCGGGAAAGCCGAAAGUCCAACUCCAAGUUGUGUUACAUGAUGGCACAUGUUCAACUUUCCAUUUUGUUAAUCCGGCCGGAGCGGACGCACAGGCCAAAGAUCGGGACCAGGUUAAAAUGUUACUACAAAACCUACUGCCCAAAUUUAAAAGACAAAUUGAUGGAGAACUAGAGAUGAAAUCAAGACUUUUGUCGCUCCAUCCGACUUUAAAGCAUUUAUAUGAAGAUUUAGUUAUAUCUAAAGUAAUAAGCAGCGAGGAAUACUGGAAUACACCCACAUUGAAACAUUAUACAGAUUCAAGUAAUGUUAAACAAGAGGCUGGUGUGUCGGGAGCAUUUCUCGCUGAUAUACAACCUCAGACAGAUGGUUGUAAUGGACUGAAAUAUAACCUAACUCAAGAUAUAAUAGACGCUAUAUUCAAAACAUAUCCAGCGGUUAGGAAGAAACACAUAGAUUAUGUUCCUAAUAAGAUGACUGAAGCUGAAUUUUGGACCAAAUUCUUUCAAUCACAUUAUUUUCAUAGGGAUAGGAUAGCAUCAUCUUCAAGUAAAGACUUGUUUGGGGAGUGCGCCAAGUUGGAUGACCAAGCCAUUGCUUCCGCUAUGAAGAAUACUACAUUAGAUCUCACAGUGGAUUUACCGCAGUUCAUAGAGCCGGUGCCGCUGCUGCCCGCGGAGGACGAGGCGCCGCACGACAAGGACCGCGGCGACAGCACCUCCAUACACCGCAAUAUGAUCAAACGAUUCAACCAACACUCCAUCAUGGUGCUCAAAGCUAGUCAUAAAACAAACUCUAGUAAUAGUAAUAGCAGUAAUAGUAAAACAACAAAUAAUAAUAACAAAGUAGUAGAAAACGGUGUGAAAGAGACAAACGGAGUAACGGAAAAAAGGCCAGCGGAGGAGAAAUGUAGUACAGAACCAAUAGAGAAGAAGAAGAGAAUAUUAGAGAAAAUACAUUACGAAGAUCUAGAAGAUUCGAAUACGAAUGGAGAGACGCAAGAAUUAAAGUUAUCAAAGGUAGAAAGAUAUUUAUUAGGACCGUCGUCCCAGAUGAGUCAGACAGUGAACACGACCAACCCGCCGCCACUUUCCGCCCUCGCUUCAGUCUGUCAGGCGUGGAGCGGCGGGCAGCAGUGCCUGCGGCCGGUGCGCGUGGGCGCGGGCGCGGCGGUGGGCGCGCUGGGCGAGCUCAGCCCGGGCGGCGCGCUCAUGCGCCACCAGCACGCCGCCUCCAUGGCACAGCUGAUCCCCGCGGAGGUGAAGAGUGAGCUGCACCGGCUGUACCUGUCGUGCGGGGAGGUGCUGCGGGAGCUGUGGCGCAGCUUCCCGCAGCCGGCGGGGGGCGGGGGCGGUGCGGGGGAGGCGGACGACGCCGCGCGCGCACACGCGUUCUAUGAAGCCUUGUUGAGGUUCAGGAAUGUUAAACUAAGGCCUUUCGAGGAAAAGAUGUUAAGAGAUCUAACACCUUUAGCGACGACGUUGACCAAACAUUUGAACCAAAUGAUAGACACGGCGUGCGCCAAGUACGCCGUCUGGCAACAGCGGCAAGCCAAGCUGCGGUAGUACUGGAUGCCUUAGUGUUCACACAAUAGAGUUCAAUUUACUAACAAACGCCUUAACAGGCAAAAACUGAUCCUUAUAGUAACCAAUAUAGGGUUCACUUUAAUAUCAAACGCUUUAACAGGCAGAAAGUGAACCUUAUUGCACUAAGAUAGAGUUCAAUUUACUAUCAAACGUCUUAUCAAACUGAACCUCAUUGAACAGAAUAAGAAAAUGGGUCUCAUUUGCAACCGAUUAAAGUUCAAUUUAGAUUGCCUUCGAACCAAUUUGUUAAACCAUAAAGAAUUUAAUAUGAAAUCAUUUGUUACCUAAUAUGCAAGUGUACGGAAUGCACUAAAGAUUUUUGGAAAUAUCAAUUUUUUUAUAUUACUUUAAUAAUUAAAACGGUUCAACUGUUUUACCGACCGGGAUGUCAGUCAGUCAAACAGUUGCAUUGAAUUAUUAAAUUCAUUAAAUUUUAAUAAUUGAAUUGUUAAAUUCAUUAAAAUGUAAUAAUUGAAUUUU